AUUGCUUUUAUUUUGACAAGAACCUCAGCAGAUUCCACUUCCAUUGGGCUCUCCAAAAUGCUCUUCCCCUUUGUACCUGAUCUGGUUGUCAGAGGUAUAAAUAUGGGUGGCAAUUGCGGUUAUCACAUUGUUUACUCAGGGACAGUGGCUGGUGCACUAGAGGCUUUCUUCCAUGGUGUUCCUUCUCUCUCAUUGUCAUAUGAAUGGUAUAGUACAUCAUGUUAUCCUGUCUUUCGGGUUCGUGGAAAAAGCAAGGUUGAUGAUUUCGUAUUGGCAGCUGAAGCUUGCAUGCCAAUCAUUACAGCUAAAUUGGCUGAGAUCAAGAAUAAUACUUAUCCUCAAAGUUGCUUUCUUAACAUAGAUGUACCAGCCGAUGUUGCCAAUCGCCAGGGUUAUCGCCUGACCAAGCAAGGCAAGAGUGUUUACAAAAUGGGAUGGAGACAAGUUACCUCAGAAGCACAAGGAGGAAAAAUGUUAUCCACAAUGACAAUGGAUUCAUCAGCUGGUAAAGAAGCUUGUGUAGAGGAGAGCACCUUAAGCACACAACAAGAACACCUAUUGUUUAAGAGAGAAGUCAGGGAAGCACCAGUGGAUGAUGACGAUGGGGAUUACUUUUUCCUUCAACAAGCUAAGGAUAUGUAUGUAGAAAUUAGUUACUUGAUGACUCUCGCUAGUGGCUCAUCAUUAACAUGUUCCUUACCCUUCAUUACAAUUACUGUUACACGCCUUGGAGCCUUAUCUCCUCCACCUAUGGAUGAUUUGGAAUUCUUCAAAGGAUGGCUACCUGGUGUUCAUGAGCGUAUCUCUUCUUCUUCUUAAUGAAUAAGGUGCUCUGCAAUCGGAUAUCAGAGCACUUGCAGCUGAUAAGUCCUUAAAUCACGGAAGUUUUGCAAAUGCAUUCCAUUCUUCUCUCUAUCA